AUGGCCAUUGGUCGACUCCAAGCUGCGUUGGCUGCGGCAACGAAUGAAGUGACAGUGGCGGCAGCAAAUAUCAACUUCGAUUUCACCCUGAUCAAGUGCGAAGCGCCCAAAGAAUUCCAAGGACUGGGCAAUGUUCUAGCCAAGAAGCGCAAAGAAAACGCCGAAUAUGGCUCCAUUCACGUGCUGGCAAGGCAACUCGGCGCGCUUUUUGAUGGAGUCUGCCACCCAACUCCCGCACUACUGGAAGCAUACGGCAACCGAGCAUCUGCAAUCGCAAAAGCCUCACAAAAGACAUCGGAACCGUAUAUUGGCACCCCCUUUGGUGAAUACACCGGGGCUGACGGAACUUCCAUCUGGGCUGCCGCUACUUCUUCAAAAUGCGCUUUACACGUUCAUCUGCUAGCUUGUAUACUCGCGCGCAUGUGGACGGCAUCUGAAGCUGUUGCGAUAUGGACCGAGCUAGUAUCCGAGCGUAAGAAGGAAAUCGCUCGUAAAGUCGAUGAAGGCGAGCCAGUCGCAUUCGCAUUAGCAGCGGCAGUCGGGCAAGACAUAUCCCGUCCUCAGCUUGUUGCUUGGGACACCAGCGCCAGAGCCUGGCUAAGUACUGCCGACCAAUUCUCCUGCAACAAGCAAAAGCAACUCGAGUUGAUACUCAAAAACCUGGACCUCGCCGUGACUGAUGGCCCGGCUGUCUUUCCAAGCGUUACCAACACUUGGAAGAUAGCGCUUGCAACAAUGGAAAAGCUGGUGUGGGGUAUGCCGCAAGCAGUCAAUGACGGCGCUGCUCUGAUAGGUCUAUCUGCCUGGCACCUAUAUCCAGACAUGGUCUUAUACAGUCCCAAGUUUGUAGAGGUCAAGAUGGAAGAUUCGAAUGUCGCUGAAGGGGGUGUGCUAUCCCUGGGGGUUUCCCGAGGGCCGGACCUAUCGGAUCGCAAGCGUGGUGUACGUUGGUCCUUAUCACUGGCUCAGCUACGACACUAUGGACGGCCGGUGCAGGUGACAGCGGGUCUCAAAGCUGAUUCUAGGUUGACGUGGCCACAGCUCACUCUUGUUACCUUUGCAGCUAUACUUGAACAGUGGGAUUUGGACACAACCUUGCACGAACCGCUCGCCCAACUUCUGACGUCUCUUUUUCAACACGCAAAGCCAGGAUGGAAAAAUGAUAAGCAAAUGAUGCGAAGAUUCAAGAUACUAACUGGGCCGUCGAAGAUCCCGCAAUUUUCUCGGUACUCGUGA